CUCGAGUCGGACAUUUUUUUUGUUGAUUUUGCUGUAGAAUCUAAUUAAUUGUGUUUGCCAAGAAUUAACGAUUUUUUACUUAUAUGAAAUAAGAUGUCUUCGGGAGGCGGUGAUACCGAAGGUGGAUACAUAGCCAAGCUUCGCGGCUUGCCUUGGUCCGCUACCCCUGAAGAUGUCAUGAAUUUUUUCAACAAAUGCCACAUCUUGGGAGGAAAAUCCGGAAUACACAUGACGUUUUCGAGGGAAGGCCGGCCCAGCGGAGAGGCAUUCGUAGAAUUCGAAUGUACCCGGGACUUAGAAAUAGCCCUCGAGAAAGAUAGAGAUCACAUGGGAAAUAGAUAUAUUGAAGUUUUCAAAGUAAACAAGGCAGAAAUGGAAUGGGUCGUUAAAAGAUCAGGACCGACUUAUGGUUUGAACGAUGAUGGUUGUGUAAGAUUAAGAGGUUUACCUUUUGGUUGCUCGAAAGAAGAAAUUGCACAAUUCUUUACAGGGUUGGAGAUUGUACCCAACGGAAUUACUCUACUGACUGACUACUCGGGUCGAAGUUCUGGGGAGGCGUAUGUUCAGUUUGUAAACAGAGAAGUGGCAGAGAAAGCUCUGCUGAAACAUCGAGAAAAAAUCGGACACAGGUACAUAGAAAUAUUUCGAAGCAGCCUCUCAGAAGUCGAUAGCGUGUUGAGCUACCAAAAUAAUUCCUCAAUGGGCAUGGGCGGCGGAAGGAGAAUGGGCGGCGGCGGUGGCGGCGGUCCCGGUAUGUUCAAUUCUCGGCCCAGUCCCUACGAUCGUGAUAAUCGUUAUGGAGGCAAUGGAGGUCGAUUUGGCGGCGCCCGCGGCGCUAGGAGCUUUAAAGAUUACGGAAGUUACGAUCGACCGGCACCUUGGGCGAAUCAAAGAAACGGUAACGACGUUGGAUACAGAUAUUGGGAUUCGUCAAAUAGCGGAGGGAACGGGCCCGGUCUCCAUUGCAUACAUAUGAGAGGAUUACCAUUUAAAGCCUCCGAAGGAGACAUUGCUGAUUUCUUUAAACCAGUAGUUCCGGUGAACAUUCGGCUCAUACAAGACGACAGCGGGAGAGCGUCUGGUGAAGCGGACGUCGAAUUCGCGACGCACGACGACGCAGUAAGGGCCAUGAGUAAAGAUAAAGGGCACAUGCAGCAUCGGUACAUUGAGUUGUUUUUGAAUUCCGCUGGCGGACAGAACAACGGCGGUUUUGGAUAUGGCAUUGGUCGAAGGCGUUUGUAAAUAACGUGUAAACUAUAUAACACAUAUGUUUCAAUGAAUAAGGCGGCCAGUACAAUGUCAUUUGUUCGCAAUUACAAUUUUUGUUUCAGUGUGAUAAAAAAAAUAAGCCACAAUGAACGCUUAAGACUGUUCAUUGAAAAAAAAAUACCUUUUUUUUCAAACUCGAUAUCACAUUGUGGUUGUUUUUUUUCACUUAUUCUGACACUAAAAUUAAUUUUAAAUUUCGAAAUAUUAUUGAAAAAUUCCUUUGAUCGGUAAAUUAUAGAGAAAGUAAAUUUAAUGUACCUUCAACAUUGAAUAAAACGAUUUUUAAAUC